UAAUUCAUUUCAAAUUCAAUGACAAAGACGCAUCCAUAAAGUGCAGUGCAGUGUAGAAGUAGCAUAAUAUUUUUAGAUGUAGAAAAUAAGUGUCAUCUGCAUAUUUAUUUAAACCUAAGUUGUAUAUAUCGAGCACAUAUAAGGUUAGAGUAGUGCGAUAUAAUAUGCAGAACAACCCCCAGGAGCUUUCAUGGCAGGCGAUCCAGGCUAUCGUGGGGGUUAAACUACCUCCGAAUGUGUUACGAUUCGACGAUAUUGGGUUCCAUUUAGUCAAUAAUUCGGCGUCUAGUGCCGAAGAUUCGGAUUCAGAUGUGGAAAUUGUUGAAAAUGAAUGGGAAUCGGACAACAACAUUUCAUCCAAGCCUGAAAACUCUGAUAAUGAGAAAACAUCGCCCGACAGAGAACAAAGCGAGUCUCCAGUUCUUCAUCUCGUGGAGCCCGAUAACAACAAUUCGGACAAAGCUUCUUUAGAUUACAGAGACUAUUUAAUGAAAAUGGAUACCAAAGAUAACUCAGAUAUAGAUCAAAUGAUCCAAUCACAAAUAGAUGAUGCGGAUAGUUCUAAUGGGAAUGUCUUGUCAAUUGAGAACUACCUAGAGGUAACUUUGUCAACGGACUCAGAGGCUAGUCAUACAUGUAACCGGUGUAAUCAGAUAUUCUCCAGUGAACAGUUGCUCUCUGCACACGAGUGUAGCGCUAAACCCACCGAAGAGAAGAAAUACCCAUGUCACAUGUGCUCGGAAAAGUUUCCAAGCUAUUGGGAGCUGAGAAAGCAUAUAAACAGUCAUUUUCCAGGAAUGUUAGACUCUAAAUCAAGUUUCUGCCACCUUUGCCAGAAGGAUUACACAAAGACGGGCUUCAUGAAUCAUCUCCGGAAGCAUACAGGAGAAAGGCCUUUUGUUUGUGAACUUUGCCACAAAGCAUUCUCACAGUCGAGUUCUCUGUCAAUUCAUAUGAAGUUCCACCUGAAUGUGCGCAAACAUGCGUGCACAGUUUGUGAGAAGAAGUUUGUUACAAAAAGUGAACUAUCACGUCACAUGACUGUGCACACAAAACAAAAGUCCUACUACUGCGGGGUGUGCGAUAAGGCUUUCACUCGCUCUGAUAACAUGAAGAAGCAUGAAAAAACACAUGGUUGACAAUUUAUGUUUAGUUUUUUGUCUUAUGAUAAUAGUAUCACAUCCCGCAGACUUCUGCAUUUAUGACAAACAAUAACAAAGUUAUGUCUCCAUCUUGAAAUGUCUAUUACUCAAAAUGUUGAAUGUGAUACUCUUAUUAUCUGUUGUUUCCGAUUCUCUAAUUGCCAAAAAAAAUUUAGUCAUAUGAUUUUUAAUGAAAGGAUUUUCAUUGUUUUAUGCCAAAUUUAAAAGUUUGAUUGCCUAGUUUAUAUUUUAGUCAUUAUGGUGUGUUAUGUGAGUUUUUUACUCAAGGUGUGUUGCUGUAGUUGCUUUUAAAUUAAGGAUUUUAUUUAUGCAUAUACAUAAAUGCAUGUUUGGGAUACAUAUGUAAUUAGUGAAUGCCUUCUCAGGUGCUUUAGUAUAGUCACACAUAUCUCAAUCCAAAGUUGCCUUUUAGAUAUGAUAAAGUAAUAUAUUACUUGGAUUUAGGUCAAAAUGCCCACUUCUUGAUAGCCAACGGUGUUUGUUAGAGAUAAAAAAUGGGGCCUUUAAAUUGACACUAAAGCAAAUGUUCCUGCUUCUCUAAAGAGCUUUAAUAUAUAAAUGUAUAUUUUUGUACAUCUUUACUUUGAGAUGAUGCCAAAUAAAGUGUCCUUUUGCCAAAUGUUAGAUAAGUAAUGAAAAUGACUUUAAAACUGUUGUAACCAAAGCAAUAAUAUCUUAUGUGCCUAACUGUAUUUUGUAACAGAUACCAAAUAAUUUCUUAGACUUUAUAAAAUGUAGUAAACCUAGAUAUGCCAAAUUGGAUCUAUAGUCAGUAAUUUUAUGUGUUUUAUGUAAUUAUUAUUUAAAUAGCAAUGUAUAGCACCAAAAUUAUUCCCUGUGUAAUGGUCUCAGAAGAGAACUUAGUUAAGCAGAUUGAACAAUUAGUAUACAAUAACUUAGUUAAGUUACAUUAAAAUCAGUGUUGUCCAAAUAAUGAACAAAUACAUCACAAUUAUAUUAUUAGUCACAACUUGUUUAGAAGAAAAGUAGUUUUAAUGAAUGACAAAGUCAAAUAUUUACUAUCUUUCACUAUACAUGUUUAAAUAUUGCUCGCUCUUUAUAAUGAAAUAUUUUAAUACAAAACAUUUUAUAGAACAUUAUUUGUAUAGAGUAAGGUAAAGUAAUUAAUUGAAUAUUAAACCAAAGUUGUAUUUACAGGCAGUGCCACAUUUGGAAAUAAAAAUCAAGUUGUCAGUAAUUGUACUACAAUAUUUUUAUGACAAGUUUUAUAUAUUUAGGAUUAGGCAAUAAUUACAUUUUAAUAUAUUUAUUAUAUUUAAAAUAUUAAGAGUUUUAUCUCCAUGACUCAUUGUAGAGUUAAGGAUAUUUGAGCCAAAUACACAAAAAUCUACAAGACUGACAAUAAUAUUCAGAGUAGAUAUUAACAUGAGCACAAAGCAAGCCUUAUAUUUAUUGCUGCCUAAUUAGAAAAUACUAAAAUUUUCACUAUUUAUCGAAAAUGCACCUCGUUAUGAACUCAACAUGACAAUUAGUUUAAGAUCAGUUUACAAAAUGUUUUAUGGAGAAAAUGUAAUUGUCGAUUUUAUUAAAGAGUUGUUUGUUGCAAGUCA